AUGCCGCCGAGGCCUCAGCGGGCCAUCGCACACUUGGAUCUCGACUGCUUCUAUGUGCAGGUGGAGCAGCGACGCCUGAACCUGGGCAGACCGCCUUGGACCGCGAGGGAUUCCCCCCCGGCCGCGGUGCAGCAGUGGGACGGCCUCAUAGCAGUCAACUAUGCUGCUCGUGCACAUGGUGUCAAGCGUGGUAUGCGAGCAGCGGAAGCUUCAACCAUUUGCCCCGGUAUCGUCCUCGUACACGUCGAGACAAUCAGCGAGGGCGUGGAGGAUGUGGCUGCUGCGACAGGCAGCGCGCCAGAUCGACGAACACAAAAGGCCUGUCUUCGCAGAUACCGCCAGGCCUCAGACGAAGUCCUGGCGGUAGUCCAAAGGUCUUCAGCAAGGUGCGAGAUGGCAUCGAUCGAUGAGGCCUAUUUAGACUUCACAGAAGAGGCUGCCCAGCUGCUGGUUGGGUCUUGCCCGGAUUUGGCAGCCAUUGCAGCCACAGCAGCCUGCCCCAGUGGAAUCUGCCUGGACAUCGCAGCUGAUUCUCAUCUCCUGGUGGCCGCCUAUUUGGUCCAACGGCUUCGGGACGACAUCUUCAAAGAGACAGGCUUCACGGUCUCUGCUGGAAUAGCGGAAAGCAAGCUUGUGGCCAAGCUGGGUUCAGCUUGUCACAAACCCAACCGCCAGACCAUCGUUCCCAACUCAGGCGUGCUGUCCUUCAUGGCCUCUGUAAAGAUUAAGGAUUUGCACCGGGCUUGGAGGGGGCAGUGCAGGCAAGCGAGCCGCAUGGAUCCGCUGCCCCUGGCCGUUGAAUGCAGCCAAGGAUUGCACCCCGCCCCAAAGGACUUCUACCGACAAGAUGAAGCUGUGCAGGUCUUGCAAAAGCUCGUCGAAGACGGCGAGUACGAGAGGUGGCAGGUGGGGCUCUUCGCAGAAGAAGUUGGAGCAGGUGGCAAGAGGAGGUUCAAAGUCGACACCCUUGCCGGCUUUGUGCACGCGCACGCUCCGUCCUGGUAUCCCAAAGAUACGGAUCCCACCGAGAAAAACCAUCUCUACGAGGUGAUUCUUCAAGAUCAGCCCUGUUGGCUAUACUUUGAUUUGGAGUUUUCCAGACUGACCAAUCCUGAGCUUCAGCCGAACCUUGCAAUGACCGCCUUCGAUGAAACACUGUCAGCUUUCUGUCAAGAUGUCUUGGGCUUGGCGCUGGAUGCGAACAGUGUCAUUGUCCUAGAGUCAUCAACUCCAGAGAAGUUCUCAAAGCACGUAGUAGUGCAUCGCUUGCUGGACAAGGAGAAGGACACAACGGUCCCCCUGGCCUUUGCAAACAAUGCUCAGGCUGGCUUGUUCGUGAAUGAGCUCGUGAACUAUGCCAGGGCGAAUCGGGAAUGCAGCUCAGCACGACACCUGUUUGUCCAAGCCCCGAAGUUGUCAGAUGACAGGCGCGAGACAACACUAAUCGACGAGUCGGUUUACAGCCGCAAUCGCUCCUUUCGCUUGCUUUUCCAGUCGAAGUUUGCGAAAAAGCGACGCCUGGAGCUGGACGAAGCCUCGGGCAAACGCUUUUUCGACUACUGGCGUCCACACCCGAGCCGCGCACUGCUGGAGACCAUGGUGACCUUUGUGCCACCGAAAACCGAACUCUUCCGACACACUCUCAUACCAGAGGGCUUCGGGCACAUGGAUGCAAAAUCCUUGCGAGUUCGGCGUGCAGGAUCCUCUCCUGAACUUCUUGGUGCGAACUUGGGACGGCGUUCGAGCAGAAGAGGAGCACGGGCCGUUUCCUCCAACACUUGUGCAAUCCUGUGUCGAGAUGGACCGGCGGUUCUUGACAGUUACUCUGUCAAACAAUCGUUUCUGCCGGUGCAAGGGCUCAUCCCACGUUUCAAACCAUGUGUACAUGGUUGUCGAUAUGGAACGACGUUCCUUCUACCAGAAGUGCUUCGAUCCUGA